AUGCCCCAAGUGCAACAGCCCCCAUUUCCCAGUCCAACGGGUGACCAGUUCUUGCGAUGGGGAGGAGCGGCGGAUGCAAAUGGCCUCGUUGAGGGAACCGGGGCCCCGGCCAUCAGUCCGUAUGGCAUUGUCCCUGGCCAGCAACCGCCGUUCGUGCAGCCUACACCAAGCCCUAAUACUGCCCUUGCACGGAGGCAAAUAAACAGAGCGCUCGUUCCCACUGGCGUGAGGCAGAACUUCGACCCGCCAACUGACCCUUGGUCCUUUGGCGGUGAAGACUCUGCACUCCUGCAGCAACAAGCAAACGGAAACAUGGCCGACACCGACAACAUCGAGGUCUUGGAGGAGAUGGCCCGGAAAGCCAUGAGAGAGGCACAGCAGAAGCGGAAGCAGAUCCCGCCCUUCGUGCAGAAAUUGAGCAGCUUCCUGGACGAUGACAAGAAUUCGGAGCUCAUUCGGUGGUCCGAGAAAGGCGACUCGUUCAUCGUCCUCGACGAGGAUGAGUUUGCCAAGAAGCUGAUCCCGGACCUCUUUAAGCACAACAACUAUGCUUCUUUCGUACGGCAGCUCAACAUGUACGGUUUCCACAAGCGUGUCGGCCUGUCGGACAACUCGAUGCGCGCAAGCGAGCGUAAGAACAAGAGCCCUAGCGAGUACUCGAACCCGUUCUUCCGACGAGGUCACCCGAACCUCCUCUGGCUCAUUAACAAACCCAAGGGCGGCAACAAGGGCAAGAAGGGCAACAAGAACGCCGAGGUCGAGGGCGACAGCGAGGAGGAUGCUGUCAUUACUGAAGAGACAGUGAGCCAAGGCUUCGGGGCUACCGGUGCCCCUGCCAGCAAAGCCUUGCCAUCCUCUGGCGACAUGCCUCUCCAGAAGAAGGAGAUGGUGCUGAUUCGCGAAGAGCUGGCCAAGGUGCGGGAGCAACAACGGAUGAUCAUGACGGCCAUUCAACGGAUCCAACAAGAUAACUCCGCGUUGUAUCAGCAAGCCGUAGUUUUCCAGAGCCAGCACGAUCGCCACCAGAACUCGAUCAACGCCAUCUUGAACUUCUUGGCCAAUGUCUUCAGGAAGACACUUGAGGACCAAGCAGGACCCCAAAGUGUCAACGACCUUCUGGCGAGCAUCAUCCCGAACAGCAAUAGCGCCAACUCGGUUCCGCAAGGAAGCGUCGUCGACUUGGGUGAAUACGUGCAAACAGCGCAAAACUCGGCCAGUAACAAAAACAUGAACCUUGCCAAGCGCAGGCAUGCGAUUCUGCCUGCCAUGCCAAAUGGACGUACCAACACAGUCUCGCCACCUCCGGCUGCCGGUUCAUCCACCCCUCAGCCGUACAAUCGCGAAAUGGGCACGGUUACGGAGCUAUACGAUACCCCCCCUGGCGAUCAGACCUCGCCCAGCAACUAUCUGGCGCAAGAGCUCGAGACCAAUCCCCACGAAAGCAUGAUGAAGAUCAUCCACGAUACCAACGCCAACAACUCAUCCGGCAUUGACCUCCCUCACGUCGUCAACAACACGCCUGCAACGAUGAGCAAUGACCAGCGGAACAAGAUGCUCAACGCAAUGGCUGGUCGGUCAGCAACACCCUCCACAAAUGCUCCCCGGUCUGCCAACCCCUCAGUCUCGGCCUCUCCCAAUCCGCCCGCACCAUCAGUCAUCGCAACCCCCGAGACGCCGCCUCCUGUGCCUGCCACUUCGGGUCUUUCACUUUCGCCCAUUAUGGGUUCCGCCGCGCCGCCACCUUCACUGCAGCAGAUCAACUUCAACCAGGAAGAUCUUGCGGCUCUGCAUCGCAUGCAAGAAGAGCAGGCCGCUAAGCUGGACCACCUCUCGAACAUGCUCGGGCCACUCAGCCCGUCGGGUCGCAUACCCGGCAUCAGCGAAAAUGGAACCGUGAACGGCUACUUUGACGGCGAUCUAGAUAUUGAUCAGUUCCUCAAUCCCGACGCUUUCCAGGGCGACAAUGCCUACCCCGGCGUCAACUUCAACGGUGACGGGAACGACUUCAACUUCACUCUUGACGGGUCUGUCCCUAACAACGGCGGCACCAACGUCAACAGCACGCCGAGCUCUACCGCAACCGAGGAUGUUCCGCGGAAUGAUUUGGACGGGCUCAAUGGAAGCCCCGGCCGCGGUACCAAACGGCGACGGGUAGGCUAA